UCCGGUGUUGUUCACUCAUGCCAGCUGGUUGAAAGUAGUAGCAAAGAUACAGGUUUCUCUAAUGUCUCUGGUAGUAGCGCGGCUGUAGCUGCUUCAGCCGGGUGUAAUUAUCAGAAAGUGUAACAAUGUGCUGCUGCAGCUGGACACGUGAAAACGCGACGUUAAUUAGCUCAAGUCAAGUGUAAUGUUAACGAUACUGUCCCUGACGGAGCAAACAUUAGUUCCCCCCGGUCAACAUGAGCUGUGUACUGCUGAAGAGGUUCUACAAGGAGCUGCCGGUGUGGAUAGUGGAGGACCACCACGACGUGGUUCGUCACAUCUACCGUGCCAUCGCAUCCAGACACCUCCCAGCAAAGAACAUAAAGAUGGUUCAUCUGGACUCCCAUCCUGAUCUGCUCAUCCCUGUCAACAUGUCCGCCGACACAGUCUUUGACAAGGAGAAACUGUUCAGUGAGUUGAGUAUAGAAAACUGGAUAAUGCCCAUGGUGUAUGCUGGUCACGUGUCCUGUGUGGCGUGGCUGCAUCCAUACUGGGCCCAGCAGAUCAAAGAGGGAGAACACAGGAUGGCUGUGGGCAGAGACUCCUCCACCACCACCAUCAGGGUGACCAGUACAGACAAUUACUUCCUCAGUGAUGGUCUUUACGUUUGUGAAGAGCAGCUGGAGAACUCUAAACCUCUCAGGCUGAACGUGGUCAAAGUGAAUCCUGUCAAACCAGGUCAUUCAUCACUCACAGAGAAGAAGACAGAGGACGACACACGGAGGUGGUUUACCAAGAGACAGAGGACAGAGAGUAACAGAGCCGGGGAAGCCAGCUGCUCUGAGCCCCUCUCAACAGCCACUGACACACAGCAACCAGCAGAGGGCAGCAACGUCAACCACGAACAGUGGGGCAAUGGGAAAGGCUCAGAGCCUGAUGAUGAUGAAGAUGAAGGAUCAACUAACUAUGUUGUUAAGGGAAUAUCUGCAUUUCUAGUUGAGACAGAGCCGUACAUCCUGGACAUUGACUUGGAUUUCUUCUCAUGUAAGAAUCCCUUCAAAGAAUUAUACACACAGGAGGAGUACACUAUCCUGAAGGAGCUCUACAGCUUCAGGGGACCCGGCCCUGAUGCUCAGCAGGAGGAGCUCGAUGAGUGUGUGGAUCAUCGUAUACAUCAGUUAGAGGAUCUGGAAGCGGCAUUUGCUGAUCUUCUUGAGGACGAUGGAGAAGAGACGGUGACACGCUGGUCUAGCAACCCUGGGAUGGCUUCAUUAGCACAGCUGGUUUGCAGUUUGAAGUCAAGAAACCCAAGCCCUGACUAUGAGAUGGUCCACCAGGCAGGGCUAACCUGUGACUCUGUUGAGCUGCCUCACCACAUCAGCACUGAUGAGGAGAUCGACAGACUCAUCUCAGCUGUACAGCUGUUUCUGACGCCUCUGCCCAAACCCACACUGGUCACUAUGUCAAGGUCCAGUCUGGAUGAAUACUGCCCCGUAGAGCAGGUGGACUCGGUCCAGAGCAGAGUACUGGCUGUACUGGAGGCCCUGUAUGGACCACUGGACUUACACAAAGACUAUGAAAACAGCAGCACUGAGACUCUGGACUGCCAACCACAGGCCUCUUAACAAACACACACAUACACAUGUCAUGAGUGGAUAUAUUGUUUGAUAAAGACAACCAGAUGAAAAUGACACAUCAGAUGCUGCUGAAGUAUAUUUGAUUUGUGUGUCCAGGAGGUCAUGAUUAUGUCAUGUAUUAACAUUUGAAGUGGCUGUAGAAGUUCUCCAUCCUGGAUUUAGUUUUUGCAGAAUACAAAUCAGAUUACUGUGAAAUUACAGGCUAAAAGAUGAGUCUGGAAUUUUGUUUUCCUUAUUUAACAAAUCCCAUGUGCAGACUAAAACCAACCCUCAAUGUAUCCUACUAAUUUAUUCCUCUGUGCCAUAGGGCCCCAUUGUUGUCCAAAAAUAUUAAACUAUACAACACAUCAAUGAGGCACACUAUUAAACUGGGUGACAUGUUCCUUCAGUACCAUGAACACACACUGUAGUUUAUUUUGAUUCAGUCCUCCACACACUGUCCUGCUGCAGGAAACACCAGCACCAACCAUGUAUUCAUCUGCCACUGAAAACAGUCUCCAACAAAUGCACUGUUUGCUAAAAACUAAAAUGGCCAGCUGUUACAGGAACAGUUACUGAGCAUUUUUAAAAGCCAGUUUAAAAGGGUUUACAUGUUCAGUUGGUCUGCCACAGACAGCAGAGAAGUCUGAAAAUAUUGAGAGGAAAACAAAAAUAUGGACUCUUUCCACACCUAUUCUUUAAGGCAGAAUGCAUCAACAUGUGCUGAGGUAGUCGCCUUAUUGUUGGUCAGUGAUUUUCUUUUCCACUAGAUGUACUGGUAUGGCACCGGUACUGACGGUACUGUCCAUGCAGUGUGGGCAUUUACGUUUUUCUAAAUACCUUUCUGUUGAGUUUUGGAAAUUCAAAAUUUUCUGUUUAUAACAGUAGAAUCUGUUGAACUCUGUAUUAAAGUCUGUAUUAAAGCUGCUUAGCUACA